GCCCUUUAAAGACAGGCAUUUUACUUGCAGCAAAAUAAUAGGAAGGAGGUUCGCUUGCUUUGCGCAGAGGCUGAGCCACAGGAGAAAGCAAAGCCAAUGUGAUUUAUUGAAUGAAAGCGCUGGACAAUUAGCAACAACUUGUUCCUCUGCUGCCUCGAACAACCUAAACUGGAACUACCGUGUGAAAAUGACUCAACAAAUGCAGAACCUACAUCUUUCUCAGUCGAAGAAACAUAGUGCCCCAUCGUCUCCCAAUGCCGCCAAACGCCUGUACAGAAACCUCUCUGAGAAACUGAAGGGGAGCCACUCUUCAUUUGACGAGGCCUAUUUUCGAACAAGAACAGACCGGCUGAGCCUCAGAAAGACCUCAGUGAACUUCCAGGGCAAUGAAGCCAUGUUCGAAGCAGUCGAGCAACAGGACAUAGAUGCUGUGCAGAUGCUCCUGUAUCAGUACACACCAGAGGAACUAGAUCUCAACACACCUAAUAGUGAGGGGCUGACGCCUCUGGAUAUCGCCAUCAUGACCAACAACGUGCCCAUCGCCAGGAUUCUUCUGAGGACAGGGGCCCGAGAAAGUCCACACUUUGUCAGCCUGGAAAGCCGAGCACUGCACCUCACCACACUGGUGCAGGAAGCCCAGCAGAGGGUGAGUGAACUGUCUGCCCAGGUGGAGAACGAAGGACCAAGUCUGGACAGCACAGAGAAGGAAAAACAGCUGAGAGCUUGGGAGUGGCGGUGUCGACUGUACAGACGCAUGAGGACUGGCUUCGAGCACGCCAGAGCCCCUGAGGUGCCAACCAACGCCUGUCUCAUGGUAACCAGCAGCACGGCACUCACUGUCAGCUUUCAAGAGCCUCUUAGUGUCAACGCAGCUGUAGUAACCAGAUAUAAAGUGGAAUGGAGCAUGUCUAAAGACUUUUGUCCUUUGGCUGGAGAAAUCAUCAUGGAAAACUUGCAGACCCUGAGAUGCACCAUCACAGGACUUACAACGGGCCAACAGUAUUUCGUUCAAGUCUCGGCUUAUAACAUGAAAGGAUGGGGACCUGCUCAGACCACCGUACCGGCAUGUGCCUCGCCUUCUAACUGGAAAGACUAUGACGACAGAGAGCCCAGACACAAGGGACAGAGUGAAGUUUUGGAAGGUCUGCUGCAACAGGUCCGAGCCCUUCAUCAGCAUUACAAUUGCCGAGAAACUUCAAAAUUACAAACCACAGGCCGCAAGCAGUCAGUCUCACGGAGCCUGAAACACCUAUUCCAUUCCUCAAAUAAGUUUGUGAAGACCUUAAAACGGGGACUCUACUUAGCCGUUAUAUUUUAUUACAAAGACAAUAUGUUAGUCACCAAUGAAGAUCAAAUACCAAUUGUUGAAAUUGAUGACUCUCAUACCAGUUCCAUUACACAAGACUUUCUGUGGUUCACAAAGCUGUCCUGUAUGUGGGAAGAUAUAAGGUGGUUGAGACAAAGCGUACCUAUCUCCAUGUCCUCAUCCACGGUGCUGCAAACUCGGCAGAAGAUGCUCGCAGCAACGGCCCAGCUACAGAACUUACUUGGAACACACAACUUGGGAAGAGUUUACUAUGAACCCAUUAAAGACCGGCAUGGAAACAUCCUCAUAGUCACCAUCAGGGAAGUGGAGAUGCUUUUUUCAUUUUUUAAUGGCAAAUGGAUGCAGAUCUCAAAGCUCCAAAGCCAGAGGAAGUCUUUGUCAACACCUGAGGAGCCAACAGCCUUAGACAUUUUACUGAUCACCAUCCAGGAUAUUCUCUCUUAUCACAAAAGGAGUCAUCAGCGUCUCUCUCCUGGAUUAUAUCUGGGUUACCUAAAGCUGUGUAGCUCUGUGGAUCAGAUCAAAGUUCUGGUUACCCAAAAGUUGCCCAACAUUCUCUGCCACGUGAAGAUCCGUGAAAACAAUAACAUUUCCAAAGAGGAGUGGGAAUGGGUCCAAAAGCUUUCUGGCUCUGAAUCUAUGGAAAGUGUGGAUCAUACUUCUGACUGCCCCAUGCAAUUGUUCUUCUACGAGCUCCAGAUGGCAGUGAAAGCCCUCCUUAAGCAGAUCAAUACACCUUUACACCAGGCAAGGAACUUCCGCCUCUACACACAGGAGGUGUUGGAAAUGGGUCACAAUGUGUCCUUUCUUCUCCUGCUCCCUGCCUCAGACGACGUCUGUACAGCCCCAGGACAGAAUAAUCCUUACACCCCACACUCAGGGUUUCUUAACCUCCCUCUUCAGAUGUUUGAACUUGUUCAUUUUUGCAGCUACAGGGAGAAAUUUAUUAGUCUGUAUUGCCGCCUUUCUGCUGUGGUGGAGCUGGAUUCUCUGAAUACCCAACAGUCCCUGAGGGAAGCGAUCUCAGACAGCGAGGUUGCAGCUGCCAAACAAAGACACCAGCAAGUUUUAGAUUUCAUGCAGCAAAUAGAUGAAGUUUGGCGUGAAAUGAGGUGGAUCAUGGAUGCUCUACAGUAUGCAAGAUACAAACAACCAGUCUAUGGCUUGCCCAUCACAAAGCUGCUAGACCCUUCAGAGGAGCAGAACCUCAAGAAGAUCAACUCUACAUCAUCACAUAUAGACUGUCUUCCAUCCCCAUCCCCAUCCCCAGAGAUGCACAGAAGAAAGGCAGUGACCGGCUUUGCAGAUUCACAGCCCUGUUCUGAUGAAGAAGGCUGCUCAGAAGUCUUCCUCCCCACGGACAGCGACUACGACUCCAGUGAUGCUCUGAGCCCCCGAGACCUGGACCUGGUGUACCUGUCAUCACACGACAUCGCGCAGCAAGCGCUAAGCGGCCUAAGUGGCAGCGCUCCCGACGUCCUGCAGGUGCAUGACAUGAAGAGUCCUCUGGGGCCGGGUCAGGACCCCCAGGGCCGGGUCCUGGGGCCAGACCCUGACCACUCGUGCGCCGAGGUCCUCCACAGCCUGACGCUGACGGGCUUGGCGUCCAAGAACCACGCCAAGAUGGCGCCCGGCUCGCGGCCAGCGCUGGGCUUCCUGGGAAAGCGGAAGCCGGCCAAGCACCAGCACUACGGCGGCUUCAGCCGCCAUCAGCGCUGGCUGCGCAUGCACAGCGAGAUGCAGUCGCUGUCGCUGUCCGAGGGCGUUUACACGCAGCACCCAUCCCGGGCCUGCGGCCUGGCCGACGAUCCUGCAGAGGCCGAGCGGCUGCGACCAGCCCCCGAUGGGCCCCGGAGCCUGAUUCUAGCUCACACCACGAGCCUCCCUGAAGGGGGGAAGAGCAGUCUCCAGGACCCGAGGCCUUCCGUACGCCGCAUUUACGUGGAGCCCUACUCUGCGGCAAUGGUGGACUCAAAGCCCUGGGCUGCCUUGAGCCCGCCCCCAGGAAGCCACUCUGGCCUGCCCAGCCCUACAGGUCCGGAGAUGAGCCCUGAGGGCCCGACCACAUCCCAGGUGUCAGAAAUACUAAGCAGCAUGCUUUAGGGAGGGUCCCCUUCCACCGCAUUUUCCAUCACCCUCCCUCCAUCCCGCUCCCACUGUGUCUCCAUCCCUUUUCAAAUGGUUUGAAUGUUAAAACUCCAAAAGUUACAGGUUCAAGGCCCUCUUUUUUAGGAAAGAGUUGGGUGGAGGUGAGAGUUGCCAGUUUUGUUCCCAGUUCAGGGCAUAGAAGAGCUUUUGUGUCAACAUGGAGCCCUAGACACAAGGGUUCAAACAUGCCAACCGGUUGGGAGGCACUCUUGUUGGAGGCAGGGCUACCUAAAAAACCACCCUCAGUUCUACAGCUGGCUCUGUAAUCUGACCUUUGGGUUUAGGUAUCUUUCAUGAAUUUGUGAUUGGUGGGGAGGAGUUCUAGAGAUGAAAGUAAGAUUAGCACUAUUUUUCCUUCCACAGCGAACCUUUAGAAGAGUGUAAGGGAAAGAAGCCCAGGUCUUCAGGGCACAAGGUCAGGUGGACUUGUUCUAGGUUCCCAGUUAGCUAAACCAAGUCAUUCCAAAGUGCAGGGUUCUCAGCUGGUCACCAAAUCAAAUUUAUCCAUCAGAACUAAUAUGAUUAAGUAGGCAGUCAUUUUCUUCAUUUAGUGUUGUGUGGAAGCCACUAGAUGCAAAAGUAGAGGAUGCUUUGCUUCUAGCUUUGUUCUGCAAAGGUAAAAUAGGGCACAAAGCAGCCCCUCCUACACACUCAUCUCCCAUUGAAGCAUGGAUAUGGGCCUUAUAUUAUUCAGGUGUAGGGACAUAGCUAAAUUAAGUGAAAACCUAGGUUAAAAACAAGGAGGAGUAAGAGAGAGAUGAGCUUUUCCUCUACAAUCCUAAAAUAAGUCCAUGAGUCUUUGUCUCUGAAAAUGAUAGUGGGUCUGCUCAGAUUCUUAGGUGUUGGAAGGUCACUGAAUGAGAAAGUACCCUUCAGAUACGGCACAGCAGUUGAUGGAGUCCUUACAGCUACGCUGGGACAUCUGUGCACCCCCUACAUCAGUGGUUCCAAGGCUAUACUUUGAAACACCUGAAAUUCAUGCUUUGGUCUCAAUGCUUCUCACCUGCCUUUCUCACAAAUGAGAAACCCAAAUCAAAGAGAAAUUACACUGCAUAUUCAAAAAAAGCCUGAACCUUCUCUUAUUUCCUGGAGCCAAGACUCAUUCAGUUUACUGAUACUCUAAAUGGUCCUUUUCUGCUUCACAGGCAUUUGGGUUAAAUAUUGCUCUUUAUGGGCCCUACCCCUGUCCUCACAGUUCUACCAUUCCUCCUCAUGGGAGUUCAUACAAAGUCCCCUGUUCACAAUGUUAUUCCGAUCCCUUCCAUUUUUAAAACAUUUGAUUUAAACAUAAAUAAUUACCCUGGCGGAAAGGUACAGAUUUGGCCCAUGGCCUAUGGUCAUUAGAAAACUAAGGCCCAGAGCUCAAUCUUUAUUUUUUUAAGAGAUUUUAUACUCAGUGACCGCCCCCCCCCCCACACACACACACACAAAGAUUCUUGAGCAGAAUCACGGUGGCUCCUUUUCCAUGCCGGCAAGGAUUUUAAAUCUUUUUUUUUUUAAUUUUAUUUAUUUUAUUUGACAGAGAGAGAGAUCACAAGUAGGCAGAGAGGCAGGCAGAGACAGAGGGGGAACCAGGCUCCCUGCUGAGCAGAGAGCCCGAUGCGGGGCUCGAUCCCAGGACCCUGAGAUCAUGACCUGAGCCGAAGGCAGCAGCUUAAUCCACUGAGCCACCCAGGCGCCCCCCUGCAAGGAUUUUAAAAUGCAGUUUUCUUCUGUUCUAAGUGAAUUCUAUGUAUAUGGAGUGUUAGAGCUAGAAAAGACCAUAAAAUUAGUCUAAGUCCUUGUAUUUACAGAUGAGAUGAUUAAACCCAAGAGAGGUUAAGUGACUUGCUCAAGGUCACAGAGCUAGUUUAGUCUCAGGGUCAGAACCCAGAAGCAUUCCCUUUACAGUAGGCUGGCCUAUUGGGAAUCGGUACACACCAAUAGUCAACUUUCGAUUGCCUAUUGGCUACUUACCUAGUUUGUAGAUUAUCUUUUAAUUCCAAAUUCAACUCCUUUUCUCAACUUUUACUUAAAAGAUUUCCAUUAUCACAGAGCUCCUUGUUGGCAAGAAAUAAAUUUCACAUAGUUAAUAGCUAAGUUAAUUAAAAAGCAAAUUGGAGAGAAAUGUUAUUUAAUAUUACACACCAUAUGACUCCCCUUUAAUAAUAAAAAUGACAGCAUCAUCUGCAUUUAGUUUCUACUUAUUUCUAAUUAUAGGACAGAUUAUAUAUGUUGAAAGCUGGAAUUGUCAAAAACUAAGAAACCAAGUGAUUCUCUUACCAUGACCUUUCUGGUGGCAUGGAAGGAAGCUUGUGACUGUUAAUUGGAUGGGAGGCAUUCAAUAGGCAGCAAAAGCAGAGACUGACCCACCCUUCUGGCCCCUCAUUUGGUCGGCAAGCUCUGGCACUUUGCACCAAAUAAUGACUCAUGAAGUAAAAUUGCAUUAAACCCAAACACACUAAUUUAUAUUGAGAUCAUGGGUUAUUUUUUCACCUUCUAUGAGGAAAAGAGUUGCAUACCCGUGAAAUGAACACUGCACAUUUCUAUUUCAGUGGGCACAAUGAGUUGGUUUGAAAAUGUAUAUUCCUAGCAAUAUUUCUAUGUAGAAGUGGAUGUUAUGUCCUCAGUAUUUAGCCAGUAUCUGUUCAAGUAGGUGCCCUCCACCUGUACCUACACUUUGCAACAUCUUGUGAGCCUUGUUUAAACUAAUAGAUUCCCGUGAGAGACAAUUAUGUUCUCUAAUUCACAAUCCUUUAUUUGUUAUGUCCAGGCAUUAUGGAGACUUAACAACUUCUGAAAAUUUUUUGGUUUGCUUGUUUUAUCUUUAUGGUUUUGUUUUGUUUUAUUUUGGAUAUGAUGAACUUUUGUCUUUUUUUUUUUUUUUUUUUUUAAGUCCAAUCUGGGGGCCUCUGGAGGAAACUCUCCUGUCCCAUAAUUUUUCUACCAUGCUUAAUUCUCACUUGUAUUAACCCAGCUCUCAUCAUUGGUGAAAACCCUCAAAAAUCAGUGACCAAGGCCCUCCCGUAUGUCUGUCUCUAUUCCAAGUCCCUUGGAAAAACAAAAGAAUCCAGAACAAAACAUACUCCUGGACCAAAAGGAGCUCACAGAGUAUAGCCAUCAUCACUGUACAUCUUCUCAAUGAUAUUUUAGAAGAGGCAAAAGCCUAUCUCCUCAGUCAGGCCAUCAUAGGGCACGUUGGGCUAAACAUCACUGACUUCCCUCUUGCUGGCUAUUCAUAAAGGAAAACAGCCUGGAAAACACAAGUCACCAAUGUAUAUGCUUGGCAACCAUUUACAAGGCUAUCAUAUCCUCUUACUUGGUGAGGGGAACUGGGAAACAGUAAUUAAAAACACUUACUCCAGGGAAUGGAUAUUUUAAGAAGUGGGCACUUAAAGAUGAGACCCACUCCAUUUUAAGAACAUUCACUAAUGCUUAAAGCAAUAAUUACGCUGGAUAAAAUGGUUCCAUUUGGUUUGAAAGUUAAAGCCAGUUAGUAAUAAUAUUCCUCCAGCCCCCAUUCCUGAAGGAUCCCAAAGCACUUUAUGAAAAGCAAUGACUGAAGCCUUGUUGUACUCCCCUAAAAAGACCUUGUCUGGAAGCCACCUGGCAAACACCUACCCUAUCCUUGCCAGGAGAUCGUGCCAGACAAGUGGGAAAGAGGACUGGCUUCUCAUUCAUUGUUAUCCUGCCAUGCAAAGGUGCACCCUGGUGAGUGUUCAGCUCUUCUCUUGAAGAUAGCAAAUUUAGACAAAGAGGCGUACCCAGAAAAUCCCAACUCCUUUCCCUCUCCCCACCUUGUUCUUCAUGCUCUACCCAAGAUGUACUCACUUUCUCUUGGAGAACUAUCAACUCGAGCUGUUCAGGGGUCUGCUGUGGAUUUAAGUUCCCUAGUUCUAUCAACAGCACCCAGAAGUCACUGGCUUCUUAAAAUCGAUACUGUUGGAAAGAUGAUGUCAUUACCUUACAGUACUCUCAAGUUUGUAUGUAGCAGAACUACAGCAGAGCGUGUGCCUCUCUUGCUGUAUUUAUUGACUGAAUUAUACAAACCAGUUAGAGAGGGUAGUUAUAGGGUAACAAGAGAAAAAGAGAACACUCCCAGAGAGUUGCAAGUCACUUUUUAAAAUCAAAAUACUUUCCCAGAUGAUUCAGUGACUCCAACCUGAACGUUUUGGGGUUCCCCUCGCCACUGGUUAUACCUUGAAGGAAAACUAUAAGGGAGCUCUUUGGAAAGCAGUGAUACCUCUCCACAGGUAGUAGAGGGAACAAAGGGAAAACUUGUUUCUUUGUGGGUCACCUCUCAUAAGAUGUUCAAACACAUGGCUUACGACUGUUAAGCUCAACUUCAAUGCGGCCUUACAAACAACAAGGGUAGUGUAUUUGAAGCUAUGUUGCACAGCUUGGAAACUUAUUCUAAGAUCCUAAUUCAGAGUUUUUCUGAGGUGUUGAACUUUGCCAUUAGCAAAAAGUAUUUUUAGAAAAAUCCAUUGACUGUUUAUGAAGCACUGAUUUUGCCAUAUUUCGGGUCUCUCUUUUCUCCAUCAUUUUUGCACCCAGAGGGUUAUAUUUGUUGUUUUCAAUUAUUUCUUCUAUCUCCAUUAUUAAUGAAUUUGUAAAAUGAUCUUUCAAAAAGACAGUUGGUUUUGUAUAA